UUUGUGAACUUUCAACAUUCUACUAUUAAACUACACAAAAUGGAAGAUUUUUCAACGAAUAUAAAACUAAUAUUGAGCGCCGAAAGAUUUUCCUGGUUUUCCCCCAUUCACCUCUCAAUCUCUAAUCACCCCGUUUACGGGACCUAUCUAUAUAUUAUAUUAUCUGAUGUCAUGGCCUAAAGGUCUAGAUACCAGGCCAUAAACUCAAAAAAUAUAUCUGAUAAAUGUCACCUAUCAAAUCUGAUCAAUAACAGUUGCUUAAAAAAUAAAAUUUGUAAAUAAAAUAGUCUAACGAAAGUCUUGGUUUCGUUUCUAUGCUGUAAUUCAUGGACAUUUUGUAAGUGAUUCAAAAUGGAUCUUGCCAAAUCGUUAUUCAGUUCAAGAGAUCAUGUUGGGUAUGUCGGUCGUGAAGACCACGAACGUAAGAUUAGUGCAGCGCUGAACGAUGAUGACCCUGAAGACGUGAUCGACGCGAUUAGAGGACUAAACAUAGCUGAUGAACUUCUUCCUGCGCCAGGAGGGCCAUUUUCUGCUCUAACGCCUAGUAUGGUACCUCAAGACAUAAUGGCUAAACUAGCACAACCAGAAUCCGAAGGACACGGGGGUGGACUACCAGACUACAGUUUCGACGAGUUUGGCUUUUGUAUUGAAGAAGAAGAUGGUCCGGAACAAAGCUCAAACAAAUUAUUAGCUAAUGCAUUUGUUGAAGAUGAUCAACAUAGACUGCAAUGGGAGUUUUACAGCAAAGAAAUUAACUUUACCGAAGGCAGUGGUAAGCUUGAAAAAUCAGAUAAACUACAGAAAAUGGUCAAAGAUGGUGUACCACAUUCACUUAGGCCUCAAGUCUGGAUGCAUUUAUGUGGAGCUAACAAGAAACGAGCAUCAACUGAAAUAACAUAUCAUGAAAUUGUAAGGGCAUCAAGUGAUGAUGGUUUGGUAACUAGCAAACAAAUAGAAAAAGAUUUAGUCCAAAUUCUGCCUAAUAAUGUUUGUUUCUCACAUCCAACUAGCACUGGUGUACCUCGGCUUAGACGCAUCCUCAGAGCCUUAGCAUGGCUCUAUCCAGACAUUGGAUACUGUCAAGGGACAGGAAUGAUUGCAGCAUCACUAUUACUAUUAAUGGAAGAAGAAGAAGCAUUCUGGAUAAUGUGUACAACAGUGGAAGAUCUUUUACCAGCUUCUUAUUAUUCAUCAACACUGAUUGGAAUCCAAGCAGAUCAAAAAGUUUUAAGGAGUCUUAUAUCAAACUAUUUACCAGGCAUCGACCAGGUCCUUAAUGCUCACGACAUUGAACUAUCACUUAUCACAAUGCAUUGGUUUCUAACUUUGUAUGCUAAUGUAGUCCAUAUGAAAAUUUUAUUAAGAAUAUGGGAUCUAUUUUUCUUUGAUGGCUCUAUUGUCUUGUUUAAAGUAACAUUAGCGAUGUUGAAAAUAAAAGAAAAUAGAUUCACAGAAAUCUCCAACUCCGCCCAAAUCUUCAAUGCUCUCUCUGAUAUACCUGGGGAAAUUGAUGAUGUUGAACUUCUAAUAAAAACCAUUGAUGAGGUAUGUGGUGAUACUCUAAGUCCUGCAUUAAUAGAAACACACAGAAGAAGACACUUGGCAUACUUAAUGGCAGAUCAAGGUGCUCUUGUUGGAAAUCCAAAUGUUGUACCAAACUUGCCUAAGCAGCAAUUGCAGAGGCGUCAAAUAAAAAAGAGCAAGUCUGUAAUACAAACUAUUUUGUUUGGGGAAGAUGGUAGUAAUGAAGAUGCUAUUUCUAAGAAUGUGAAGCAAACUGAAAUACUAGUGGACUUGAGAGAAGCAAUACUACAGGUUGCAAGGCACUUCCUAGCUUUAGAACCACAACUGACUUCAGAAGUUCAAAUGACAGCUGAUUACACCAUGCAGAGUCAUGCUGCUGAUAGGGAAAGAUACGUUAAUGUUUCCAGAAGCAAGAGGCGAAGGGCAAAAGCUCUAUUAGACUUUGAGAGAAGAGAUGGUGAUGAAUUAGGAUUCAGAAAAAAUGAUGUUAUUGAAGUUAUAAGUUCAAGAGAUGAACACUGUUGGAUUGGAGAACUAAACGGGUUGAGGGGCUGGUUUCCUGCUAGAUUUGUCAAAUUGCUCGAUGAAAAGGGUGUAAAAUAUAGCAAGGCUGGUGAUGAUUCUGUCACGGAAAAAGCUGCACACUUAGUGAGAGGUGUAUUAGCUCCAGCAUUUAAAAGAGUUCUCUUGCAUGGUAUAAAGAGGCCAAGCUUUCUAGAUGGACCAUGUCAUCCGUGGCUAUUCAUUGAAGAAGCCUCUUCUCGCGAAGUUGAAAAAGAUUUUAAUUCAGUUUACAGCCGCUUGGUUCUCUGUAAGACAUAUAGAUUAGAUGAAGAUGGGAAGGUGUUGACUCCUGAAGAGUUAUUAUACAGAUGUGUCCAAGCAAUAAAUUUAUCACAUGACAAUGCUCAUGCUCAGAUGGAUGUGAAAUUGCGCACAUUAAUAUGUAUGGGCUUAAAUGAAGAAGCAUUACAUCUGUGGCUUGAAGUAUUGUGUUCUUGUGUUGAUGUCGUUCAAAAAUGGUAUCAUCCAUGGUCAUUUAUAAAUUCGCCUGGAUGGGUACAGAUCAAAUGUGAAUUACGUAUACUUUCUCAGUUUGGUUUCAAUUUGAACCCCGAUUGGGAGCUUCCAUUGAAAAAAGAUACACAAAAUCAGCCACUGAAGGAAGGUGUAAGAGAUAUGCUUGUUAAACACCAUUUAUUCUCAUGGGACUUGUGAACUACAUGAAUUUAUUAUAAUACAAUGAAUGUUGCGUAAUGUAUACAUUCACACAUAGUUUUUCCAGUCUUAUUUUUUUUAACAUGCUACAAUUGUACAUUUUCCGAAAGGUCCUUAUAUCAUAGUACCAUCAAUUUACGAUAGAUGGCGCAGUAUCUACGUAUGUUUGAGUGAACUACAUAAUCUACAUACGUUUAUCAAAAUCCCAUUGGUAACUGAAGUAGAGUGUGACUGGUUUCACUAGUAGUAUUAAGUAAAAUACUAAUUAAUAAUAAGUUCGAUGAGCCUAAUUUAUUAUACAAUUUAAAAUUCAUUAAAAAAUAACUAUUAGUAUUCAGCUUCCAUGGUAAAUUAAAUCAUUUUCAGGUAAAACGAAGUAGCACAGUGUGACAUUAACACAAAAAACCUAUACUGAUCUCAUAACAUUAUUUUUGUUAUUUUACAGAGAGAGUAAAACUAUUUUGUAAACUUAAAAAUGUUUUUUGUGUUCUGAAGCCGAAAAGCGAAAAAAACUAAACCUUAUCAAACCAACGCUAUCCGUAUGUCCGUAUUACAGCCACAUAAGGAGAAUAUUUGAGAACCUUACAGAUUGUAUGUUGGGACUGUUCUCGAAACCUAUAGACAACAAUAUAAAACAAAGCGCGACUCCUAUAUCUUGAGACUGAUUUCAUAUAUCUAUUAGAGACCUGUGACGAUCGAUCAUUUUCUGGAAUCAGGCUCAAUAUUUGAGAAAGAUCACAUAUCCGUCGCAGCUUUAGGCGUCCGAGGAAUUAGCAGCUUAGGAUUCCUGAUGUCUAUAAGCGACGGCGCAUGAUAAGUCCAUUAGUUGGGCUACAUAACCCUCCAAUCCCUAUAGUCCCACUUUUGCAGGUUAGCAGUCGCAGCUCCGUGGUUCGUGUGGAACGUUGACCUACACGACGACCUGGGCCUCGAAUUAAUUCGGAAAUACAUGAAGUCAGCGUCGGAACGGUACUUCGAUAAGGCAUCUGUCCUGGUGAAAAUGGAAAGGCCUUCGAGCCACCAGUACCUAUUUCAAUCAUAAAAAAAAGUUGGGCCUUAUUAUGGGUUCAUCUACCAACAAUGGCCCAAAACGGUGGUUGCGAUCAGAACGUGAUUUGGCUGUGCCCCUGGCAUCGCUGACUUCCUAGAGCCAAGGAAACCACUCAUCAGAUGAGCCGCAUGCCUGUUAGUUUACGAUGACAAUAAAAGAUUGUAUAUUUUCUUCUUGACUCAAUUCUAUUCCACAUCGAAAGAACAUAUGCUAACUAUAUAAUAUAUAACUUAAUAAACUAACUAUAUAACUUAUAGACCAGUCCAAUUUAGAUUGAAAUACAUUAAAACUUUAUUAGGUAUAUCUUAUGCGUAUAAAAAACCGAGGGGCCUAAAUCAAAUAUUAAGAAGUGUGUUAAUGUUCUUAAACAGCGAAUAAGAUUUAUUUUAACUGGUUAAAUGAGAUCGGUUUCAAAUAUCAUUUUAAACUAGACAAAAUAACGCAGAUAAAGUAUAUUUUAAAAACUGUUUAAAAGUGUACACGGUACAACUGGAAGAGAUUGAUUGCAUGCUAUUCGAUUUUUUUUGUGUUAUUCCAAUAGUUUUAAUAACUGCUACAUACAUAAUAAGUUUUAUAAAUAGUUUUAAUAAUUAAUGAUUAAAGAACUUGGACUUUUUGGCAGGAACGCGAGGAGUGAGUGUGAUUUUUUUUAUUUUGUCUAUAUAGUGUUUCUUCAAGUUUAAAUGUGUCAUAAUGGUGGUUUAUUAAUUGUUUAGUAUCUGUGAAAGUGCACAAAUGUGGGAAAAUGAAAUAAAGCCGCUGAACGUAACUUCUCGGGAUCCUCCAAAAAGUCCGCUGAAAAAGCCUCAGUAAAUGACCACCAUUUUACUGAGAUUAGAUUCCAUCCCAUAUCAUCUCAUUUCAUUUCAUUUCGUGCCAUGUUUCAUAUUAAUCAACUUUAUUUCAUUUCAUAAUAUCAUUUUUCAUAUGAAAAAAAAUUUGAUAAAACGAUUAGGCUGUAUGUCGGAGAUUCAGUUAGUUUAUUACAAUAUGCCGAUAACUUGGGUAAUUAAAUGUCUGACAUGUCUUUUCCUUCGUUUUUUACUAUUCAUAAAGUGUAAAUGAUUUAAACGGCGAAUUAUAAAAAUCUUAUUACUUGACACAUGCACAACCGUGUCGGAGCCAAAAAAAGAAGAACAAUCCUGGUCAUUAAAAAACAACGUUCUGUUAAUACCUUUUAGAUUCUUUACAUGAAACAUUCUUAAACUUCAAUUAUUUUCUGGUGAUGGGCCAACGAACUAACCACCGCAGUCCAAUCAUUAGGUAUGUACAGGGGGGUGCAACUCCCAAUUGGGUGAAUGAAGUUAGCCCCUCAAAAAAAUUUUUUUUUCCUGUUUUCUACUUAUUUUCUAUUAAUUCGUUUGUUCAUCAUUUGUUCUUGAUUGUUCACUGUUAAUAAUUGUUUGUUCCCCAUUUAUUUAUUUUAAAAAAAAUAUUAAAAAUAUAUCUAAAAGUUAGCCCCUCGAUUGCAAUUUUUAAUAUUUUUUCGUCCUUAAUUACUCGUAAAUAUUCAUUUUCGAUUGUUCUUAUAUAAAAUACGUUUGUUCUCUUUCGAAAUUACUCAUUUUUUGUUUAAUUAAUUGUAUUAGUUGAAUAAAUGUAUACAAAAUAUGUGUACUGCGCAUGCCAUAAGUGUAUUAUAAUCUAUGGCGCAUGCGUCAACUAUAAUGACUAAACUUUCUACGCGGUUUUAAUCGUGAAAAAAAAAACAAUUAUAAAUCCUGAAGGAUCAAUUAAUUGGUAUACAGUUUAAUUAAAAAAAUUAAAAACAAAAUAAAUAAAAUAAUGUGCAUUCGCGUAAAGUUAGACCAAAUACAUUUUUUCCAUCCUCCUAUAUACCUAUCGCUAUGAAGGUAUAAAAAAGAUAGGUUAAGAGUUCACAUAGGUAAUAUAAACAAAUAAGUAAAUAUGUUCAUUAUUUAUCUUUCAAGAGAUAAUGUAGGUAUACAUUAUAAUAACAUUUUGACACAGUCGAAAUUAUAUUCCUAACAUUAGUAAAAUAACAUUUUAAUAUUUUUUUUAUAGGUUAUGUAUUGAAAUUGUUGGAAAAUUAUUUCAUGUUUUAGCUGGAAAACUACAUGGAGAAUUAUAUGCAAUACAAGAUAAUGAGCUCCAUCAAAUGAAUUCGAAUGAAACCAAACUGUUUACCAUCCAAAUUCGAUUGUCGGGCAGAUAGAAAACGAAAAUUCACUCAGUGAACCUCGGCCUGCAUUUGUGAAACGGCAAAGACUCACUAUUAUCAAGGAAAUUGAAGAGACGACUAAAAAUGAGAUGUGUCGUAUUAUUAUACCUUUGCCAUCUUGUAGUCAAGAUGUCCAGCCACUUGAAAAUAGGUGUAGUAAUGACAAAGCUAUCCAAGUAGCUCCAGCACAGGAACACAAAGGCAAGGCAAGUGUGUAUUGCCACAUCACCCCUUAAUAUAUCUGAAGCAAGUAUAAGUAAACAAUCAGAACCAGCAAAAAAAAAAACUGUUGUUCCUGAGGACAAAUUUGACAGUGAUGAGUCAAAUGCACCAGCAACAGAAGGAUCAACUGUUGACUAUGGGUUAUAGAAGAAGAAGAUUAAUUCAUAUUUAUUUAAAUUAAUAUUAAUGAAUAUUAAUUUAAAUUAUCGUGCAAAAUUCGUGGUCAAAACAUAUGUGUAUUUUAUAAAUAAAUAUUCAUUCUCAGUA